GAUGAUGAUGAUGGGUGCGGAAUUGGCGGUGCGGACCAUCGAGCCGCGGAUAUACACACGGCCAGUAGUGUAGUGGCUGUGACUGUGUGUGACAGUAGUGACUGCAACACAUUCGCGCUCCGCCGUGGACGAACAUCAGCAUCCAACACAGCACGAUAGAAGUACUAAUACUACUACGUUUGCUACUAGCGCUGUGUUAGUAAGCAGCAGUAAGCCACAAGACAACUACGGCUAAACGGCACGUAGUGGUGCCCCAAUACACAGCGGCCCCUUCAUUCGCGAACGGGUAGAAACGCGCCGUCGUCGUCUCCCGACACCUCAGUAAGGGUUUUUUGUUGUGUGUGCUCCUACUCUGUUUAUAUUUUCCCAGUGUGCCAGUGUGUGCGUUAGUUUUUCCGAGCACGCUUUUCCCGAACACCGGUACGGGGCGCGAUCUCAGGACACACAACAGUUUCCCGUACCGUUGAGCGACGGCGGCCUUGCCAGAAGGUUUGCAAACGUCCACCCGAUAGGAUCUCGAUCUCGCUUGGUCGCAGGCAAACAACGGAGGAGCCCUAACGAAGGGAAGGUUUUAUCAACUGUCAAAGAGAGCUACCAGAGAGCAGUGUGUAUGUGCGCGCAUAUUGUGCUGGAAAGACGUCAAGAAAGUGUUAACAAACCAGUGGUAAUGUGAUAAGUGUGUACGUUGUUUUAUGAGCGUUCAGUGUGAAAGUUUUGAUUUCCGUGAUUUUACACCAGAAAAUUACAGACACAAAACAGCAAAGGAAAAAAAAGCCAUCCGAUCGCGAUCGAAAAAGCUCGCUUUGUGGGGUGAUUUCGAGUAACGGCGUCAUUUUACAGUUGUCAUAUUUAACCAACAAAACCAACAACAAAAAAAACAUUAAAAACAUUUAGCGACAUUGAUUAACCCGAGCACAACACAGAGACGAAGGUCAGUUAGUGCCUUUGCAGUUAAGAACGAAGUUGGAGCCGGAAGCGGCAAACAGUGGUCGGCUCGGGGCUCGGUUUUUUAUUUUUUUAACUGGCCGGUCGGUUGACUUCUCAAGUGUGUAGGAGAUCUGCUUACGGAUCAGUGCGUUUUAUUCUUGGACACGAUACAUCCACAGCGGGUGUUAUCAAGUUUGAGUGCGUGUGUUUUAAGUGCAUGUGUUUUUGUGUGUGUUUGUGUGUGAUUGUGUGUUUUAAGCUGCAGCUGCUAAUAGGAAGCUAUUAUACAUUUUAUCAAAUCCAGUACAGCAGAACGCAUUUGUUGAAGAGUUAAAGACUUAGUUUGUGUACACCAUUUGGAUGUUGUAAGGCGUUAGUGAUCUAGUUUAUUGUAUUGUUUGUCAUCGCAUCUACAAGAUGAUGAUCAAUGAUGUUGUGGUACAAGUAAAAGCGUAAUACAUUAGUACCAACAGUAACUAUAACAUUUUAAAGUUUGGACGUGAGCAUAUUGAAGAAGCAUAAACUUUAGAGCUUAAUGGCGGAGUAGGGCGUACUACACAUCAGCAACAUUUAAUUGAAGCAAUUAUUACUACCGUGUGCCAUUCCUCCGUAUUUGUGCUGAUUACCCGACCACCUCUGGUCAAGUGUUUCUGUGUGUGUGUGUGUUUGUGUUGUCCACAGUGCGCGAGUGCAUUCACGUGCCCAGCUGCACGACUUCACUUCACUUCAAGACGAACGUGGUUCGGCAUCGUCGGCUCACGCAGCUUGUCGGUGGGAGUGAACAUUUGACUAAACCACAAACACAUCUUGGCAGCAAAACAGUGCAUCAGCAUCAAAAUACUAUAGCAGCCAUAUACUAUUCACACCACACAACAGCAAUGGCGGGUUAUGUCAACGGUGCAGCAGGAAUAGACCUGUUAGAUGAUAUUAAUGCAGCAUUUCUACCAAUAGAGGGCAUUCUAGGAGAAAGUGACCUGUUGGAUGAUAUUAUUCACGUAAUCGGUAAAGAUAUACGCGAAGAGAUGCCCCCAGUACCCAACCAGCGACCGUACGUGGAGAUCACGGAGCAGCCGCACCCGAAGGCGCUCCGGUUUCGCUAUGAGUGCGAAGGCCGCUCGGCCGGUUCGAUCCCGGGCGUCAACACCACGGCCGAACACAAAACGUUCCCGAGCAUACAGGUGCACGGGUAUCGGGGUCGGGCAGUGGUCGUUGUGUCCUGUGUCACCAAGGAAGGUCCCGAGCAUAAGCCCCAUCCGCACAAUCUGGUCGGAAAGGAGGGCUGCAAGAAGGGUGUCUGUACGGUGGAGAUCAACAGCACGACGAUGAGCUACACGUUUAACAAUUUGGGCAUUCAGUGCGUCAAGAAGAAGGACGUCGAGGAGGCGCUCCGACUGCGCCAGGAAAUUCGGGUCGAUCCAUUCAGAACUGGAUUCGGUCACGCGAAGGAGCCCGGCUCGAUCGACCUCAACGCUGUCCGACUGUGCUUCCAGGUGUUUCUCGAGGGUCAGCAGCGGGGCCGCUUUACCGAGCCGCUCACGCCGGUCGUGUCGGACAUCAUCUACGACAAGAAGGCGAUGUCGGAUCUGAUCAUCUGCCGGCUGAGUGACUGUACCGCCCCGGUGUCCGGUGGCAAGGAGAUCAUUCUGCUGUGCGAGAAGGUGGUGAAGGAGGACAUUAAGGUGCGCUUUUUCGAGAAGAAGGGCAACACGAUGGUGUGGGAGAACUAUGCGGAAUUUUCGCACACUGACGUGCACAAACAGGUGGCAAUCAGCUUCCGGACGCCACCGUACAGAACGAUCGACAUCAGUGAUCCGGUGCGGGUCUUCGUACAGCUGGAACGCCCGUCGGACAACACCUACUCGGAGGCGCGUGACUUCCAGUUCAUCCCGCUAGACACAGGUAGGCGUCGGUUUUCGGCACUGCACCGUGAACUCAUGAAAAAUCCUAGCUCCGACACGCCCGAGAACCAGCUGUUCAAGCGCAUCCUGCUCGAGGGCUCGAACCGGUCGGCCCUGGAGCAGCAGAUGAAGCCGGCCAAUGGGUUCGCGCCCCAGCGCACCGAGCAGGUGGAGGUGAUCGUGCUCGACACACCGAACGUGGAGGACAAACCGUUCGUGGCGGAGGCGGUCACGAGCGAUCAGAAAACGACCGAAUGGAUACAACGAAACGAAUUCAACGACGGUGGUUCGGGCUCGGGCGAUGACAAUCAGAUGGUCACCGGUGACACGAACAACAACGUUUUUCAGCCCAAUUCGUUCGAUCUGCCCGAUGGCACGAACAACCAAGUAGAUGAAAAUGCCAACGGAAUGGUCCCUGUUGCUCCUGCUGCUGCUGCUGCUGCUGCUACUGGUUCUGCCGCCGUUCCGGAUGACGAUCAGACACUGAAGGAACUGUUGGAACAGGUGGCCGAACUGGACGAGAUCUACACGGAUCAUCAGCUGCGCCGGGAGAACCUAAUGUUGGAGCAGGAGCUGAAGCAGCUCGAGCAAACCGUCCCCGUCCAGCUCGGCUCGCCCGGUGGCCAACCGAUGGACAUUGACGAGGUAUUUGACGAUGCGGCGACCUACACCAGCCUUCAGCGUGCGUUCAAGAACCCGCUCUCGAUCACGCUCGGUCCACCGAUUCCACCACGCCCCGAGCACGCCAAGCUGGACGCGGGCGUGUACGAUGCGGUCGAACCACUGCACGUGCCCACGAUCGACGUGACCUCGCUGAAGCGUGAUUCGCAGGAGCUGGAAAAGCUACCACCGCUGCCACCGAAGCGUGCCAAACCGAGCGUACAGAACAAGGAAAACAACGCGCUCGAUGCGAACGACGAGGUGCUGCUGAACACGAUCAUUCGCAAGGGUUCGAUGCGCAGUCUGGCCCCGCGGCCCCAGUCCGAUCAGAUCAUCAUCAUGAAAACUCCCGACAGUCCGCUCAACAAGAAGCUUCCCCCGACGCCACCUACUUCCCCGACGAAGUCGUCCUCGGGUGGCAAUGGGGCGAGUGAUUGUAACACGCUGCCGAAGAAUGGUGCCAAGAAGCCGGGCUUUUUCUCGAAGCUUUUCUCGCGCAAGAAGAGCAAAUCCGACCUGACCGCUAGCACCAACACGCUGAACCGCAAAAACACACCGGGUGGUUCGAAGGAACCGAGCCUUUGCGUGGACUUGGAGGCCAAGGAGGGUCAGUCGACGCAUCGUAAGGGUUCGCUGCGUGAUGCUUCUGGGGAGAAGCGCAAAACGGGCAAACCGGUCGCGCGCAGUGUCAGUAGCGUCAGCGCGAGACGACCCGCUUCGGAUGCGAACUGUCCGGACUAUAUCUACAUCCCGCUGAAGGGCGACGGGCCGACGGGUGGCAUGCAGUCGCGCAACGGUGGCAGCGGUACGCACCUGUCGCUCCCGGGCAAUGAUUCGUACGAGCGGGCCAGUACGGCUUCGCUGCCACCGCUCGACCGUAAAGCGGUCAGUGCGCUGCAGCUGGAUGUGCCGAUACAGGACGGAAAUCUCGAGCUGGUCGCGAUCGCGGACGCUCGCAGCAUAAAGAAUCUGGUCGAGGGUAACUACGGGGUGCAGCUAGACCCGAACGUCGAUCUGACCGAGGCGGAACACUUUGCGCUGUACACGUCGAUCGCACCGAACGCGGCACUGAGCGAGUUUGACGAAACGUCCUGCUACUACGCGCCGGUUGAGCCGAAUCCACUCGCCAGCAGUUCCCAACAGUAUCCACUGAACCAGCAGCAGCAGCAGCAGCAGCAGCAGUUCCAGCAGAGCCAACUCACGCGGAUGGUCACCGAUAGCGAUGUUUGAGAGGAGCUGAACCAUUUUAUUUUUGAUCCCCUUUUAUGGCCAGAGCUACUCCAGAGCAAUGAUUUCUUAUGCAUAUCAUAGAGCAAUUGAAACUCAUCCUGUCCAGGACACAAUGAUACUAAUGUAA